AUGUCGGAAUGCGGAGGCCGCGGCGGCGGCGGCGGCGGCAGCGGCAGCAGCAGCAGCGGCGGCAGCAGCAGCGACGACGCCGAGGAGGAGGGUGGCGGCGCCGGCUCAGCGGGCUCCGGCUCCCUCUGCCCGGCCCCGGCCGGAGCGUCCUCGGCGGACCGGUUCCGUCGCGGACUGCGCGGGGCCUUCCUCAUGGCGCGCCGGCGCCCGGAGCUGCUCGGCGCGGCCUUGGUGCUCGGCUGCGUGCUGCUCCUCGCCUUCAAGUUCACCUGCAGUCGAGCAAAAGAUGUGAUAAUACCAGCAAAGCCACCUGUCAGCUUUUUCUCCUCGAGGUCUCCGGUUAUUGACCUCUUCCAGGGUCAGCUGGACUAUGCAGAGUAUCUUCGCCAGGAUUCAGAGGUGGUGCUGCUGUUCUUCUAUGCCCCAUGGUGUGGACAGUCCAUCGCUGCCAGGGCAGAAGUUGAUCAAGCAGCGACUCAGCUUUCAGACCAGGUGUUGUUUGUGGCAAUUAACUGUUGGUGGAACCAGGGGAGAUGCAGAAAAAAGAAGCAUUUUUUUUAUUUUCCUGUAAUAUAUCUGUAUCAUCGGAGUUUUGGACCAAUCGAAUACAAAGGCCCCAUGAGUGCUGUUUACAUUGAGAAGUUUGUCCGCCGGGUGAUGAAACCACUUCAGUACAUCCCAUCUCAAUCAGAGUUACUAGAUUUUCUCUCAAACUACGAGCCUGGAGUACUUGGGUACUUUGAGUUCAGUGGUUCACCCCAGCCUCCUGGUUAUGUGACCUUCUUCACUUCAGCAUUACAUUCAUUAAAGAAAGAUUACCUAAGAACAGUACGAUUUGGGGUUAUCACAAAUAAACAUCUUGCGAAACUGGUAUCCUUAGUACACUCUGGAAGUGUGUAUUUACAUAGACAUUUCAACACAUCACUUGUCUUUCCCAGGGAGGUCCUUAACUACACAGCUGAGAACAUCUGCAAGUGGGCCUUAGAAAACCAACAGACACUCCUUCGAUGGCUGCGGCCACAUGGUGGAAAGAGUCUCCUGCUGAAUAAUGAACUGAAGAAAGGACCAGCCCUUUUUUUAUUUAUUCCUUUUAAUCCCUUAGCUGAAAGUCAUCCUUUAAUAGAUGAGAUCACCGAGGUGGCCUUGGAGUACAACAACUGUCACGGGGACCAGGUGGUGGAGCGGCUCCUUCAGCACUUGCGGCGAGUGGAUGCUCCGGUGGUCAAGUCUCUGGCAUCUGAGCCCCCAAUUCAGCUGCUGGACCCACCGCUGAUAACGGCGUCCCCCUGCUGCAACACUGUGGUGCUGCCCCAAUGGCACUCGAUCUCCAGGACCCACAAUGUCUGUGAACUAUGUGUCAACCAGACGGCUGUAGGCAUUAGGCUGAGCUCAGUUAGUGUGCCACAGUGCAGCUUUCUUGAGAUGGCAGCAGCUCUGGAUUCUUUCUACCUCAAGGAGCAGGCCUUUUAUCAUGUGUCAGACAGCAUGGAGUGUAGUAAUUUUCUGAGCUCCUACAGCCCUUUCAGCUACUACACUGCAUGUUGCAGGACUAUGAACAGGGGCGUGGCAGGCUUCAUUGAUUCUGAACCAGAUGUCUUCAAAUCCCCAAGCAUUGCAUUUUCUUCACUCGAGAAGGAAUGUGAGGUUGAUAUCCCAAGCUCUGUUCCUCACAUUGAGGAGAACAGGCGUGUCUUUCCUGACGUGGACAUGAAUAGCACAAACUUCACAGGCCUGAGCUGCAGGACCAAUAAGACCCUGAAUCUCUACCUGUUGGAUUCAAAUUUGUUUUGGUUAUAUGCAGAAAGGCUAGGUGCUCCUAGCACCGCUCAGGUGAAAGAAUUUGCUGCAAUUGUUGAUGUGAAAGAAGAAUCUCACUAUAUCCUGGAUCCAAAACAAGCUCUUAUGAAGUUCACCCUAGAGUCUUUUAUUCAAAACUUCAGUGUUCUCUACAGUCCCUUGAAAAGACAUCUUAUUGGAAGUGACUCUGCCCAGUUCCCUUCUCAGCAUUUAAUCACUGAAGUGACAACUGAUACCUUCUGGGAAAUAGUCCUUCAAAAGCAGGAUGUUUUGCUGCUGUAUUAUGCACAGUGGUGUGGCUUCUGUUCUUCCCUCAAUCAUGUCUUCAUCCAGCUAGCUCGCCUCCUGCCAACGGAUACAUUUACUGUUGCAAGGAUUGAUGUAUCUCAGAAUGAUCUUCCUUGGGAAUUUAUGGUUGACCGACUUCCUACUGUCUUAUUUUUUCCUUGUAACAGAAAGGACCUAAGUGUGAAAUACCCCGAAGAUCUUCCCAUCACCCUUCCAAACCUGCUGAAGUUCAUUUUGCAUCACUCAGAUCCUGCUUUUAUCCCCCAGAACCUGGCUAACCCUCCUACCAAAGAGUGUCUUCAGAGGGAGGCAGUCUUACAGCAGCACAUCUCCCAUUUGGAGAGAGAGAUCCAGAAGCUGAGGGCUGAAAUCAACACUCUUCUGCGAGCGCAAAUGCAGGUGGAGGCUCAGCUUUCCAGUGCACGCAGGGAUGAGCACCGGCUGCUGCUGCAGCAGCAGACCUUGAAGAAGCAGCACAGCUUGCUCCAGCUGCACACUGAGCAGCUGCAGACCCUGUAUGAGCAGAAGACCAGGGAGCUGGGGGAGGUGGCCCGGAAGCUCCAGGAGCUGGCCGACGCCUCAGAAAACCUGCUCACGGAGAACUCAUGGCUCAAGAUCCUGGUGGCAACCAUGGAGCGGAAACUGGAGAGCAAGGACGGAGCUGAAAAUCUCGAUGCCCCGGAGGAGGAGGAGGCACACUCUGACUAUCCUGAGCCCUCCGGGUCCCCCCGGUUACCUGGCAGCACCCCUCCGCCUGCCAAUAUCAGCUCCCCGCUGGCGGCUGAAAGGAGCAAUGAGAAUAGGACAGACUAA